AUGGGUGACCGAUCACGAAGCAGGUCUCCUCGUGCGAGAGAAAAUGCCGAUAGAGAGCGCCCCAGAAAGACCGGAGGGUUUCGGUGGAAGGACAAAAGCCGCACCGACGAUUCCCGCGGCGAUGAUCGCAGAUUAGAACGAGGAUACCGAGACCGACCACGAUCACCACGACGUGACCGAGAGGGCGACCGCUAUGGAGAUAGACCAAGGGAUGGUGACCGCGACCGGGGCCAACCGCGUGACGAUCGAGAUGCGCCGCGCGAAGACCGGGAAAAGAAACCGAAGAAAGAAAAGAAGGAGAAGAGGCCGGUCGCUCCGCAAUCCUCAGAACCCAUGAUUGUGGUCCAUGUCAAUGAUCGCCUGGGAACUAAAGCCGCGAUCCCCUGUCUUGCUUCAGAUCCGAUCAAGCUAUUCAAGGCCCAAGUGGCAGCUCGAAUCGGCCGUGAACCCCACGAAAUCCUUCUUAAACGCCAAGGCGAACGCCCUUUUAAAGAUCAACUUACACUGGAGGAUUAUGGAGUGAGCAACGGAGUUCAACUUGACUUGGAGGUUGGAACGGGCGAAUGA